AUGGCACAGGAAGCUGGUAUUGUGCUGGCGCUGUUUGACUUUGGACAGUUCCUCUCAUCAAUAACCCCCAGUCUGACCAUCCGGAAAGAGCCAAGACGUCGUGCGUGCCAAGAGCAAAAUAGAUCUCAGCUGAAGACUGGCAUGUUGAGUUUGCUUCACGACUCUGUCCAGGGCCUUCGUUUGAUUCACAGAGCAGCCGUCGGUAACGCAUGUCAAACGUCUCAAACCAUCAGUGGCUUUGCUGUCAGAACGAGAAAGUGUGUGUCUGGCCGGGAUGAGGGUGUAUAUGCCACACAACUUCAGAAAUGUCAACCCUCGCGCUGGCUCUCUGUAUGGUGCUGGUCGUCUGGCCCCGGGCCCCUGUGGACGAGAUGUUUACUGUUAGCUCUCAGACCACUGCACGUGACCGCCGCCCUGGUGGAGGAUGUAGUGCACACCCAGCUCAUCAACCUCCUCCAUCAGGCCGCUGAGGUGGCCCUCCUGAGAGGGGCCAGGGCCAUUUCACCAGAGUAUAUCAUCUUUCUAAUGAGGAAAGACAAGAAAAAAUUACGGCGGCUCAUCGGGUACAUGCACUUCAGAGACUACAAAUCCAGAGUCCUCAAAACCAUAGAAGAUGAAGAUCUGCUGGAUUCAGACAAAUACAGCAGCAGCAGCAGCGUCAACAAGAGACAGCGCCUGCUGCAGGACUUCAUGAGCUCCAUCGACCAGACCGGGGAAUUCCUGUCGCUAGUGGAGGAAGAGGAGGUGGAUGAAGUCAAGCAGGAGCGGCUGGAGAGAAUUGAGAGGAUGACCAGAAACAUGGAUUCCAGUCAGUACAGUGAUUUCUGUGAAAGUCGACAGCUGAGUUUCUCUAAGAAGGCCUCGAAAUUCCGCGAGUGGCUGGACUGCAGCAGUCUGGAUGUGAAGCCCAGCGCCAUGUCCAUGGAGAUCCUGUCUUAUCUGGCCUACGAGACGGUGGCCAGGGUUGUUGACCUUGCCCUGUUGGUUAAACAAGAUAUGACUCCCAAAACAGGCGAUCCGUUUCAACACGCCAUAUCAGCAACUUUCAUCCAGUACUGCAACUCCUCGGCUGAGGCUACAAGCACCAAAAAGGAGACGGACUCUCCGGAAAACACGCCGCCGUCCACUCCCAGCGGCCCUCUGACGGGACACCAGGGACAGAUGCCCUCCAUGGCCCAGGGCAACGGUGGGCCGAACCAAGAUGGCAGCAAUAAGAUCAAACAGAGGAAGAGGAAGAAGAGCGCGGCGGCCUGUGGCGCGGAGGCUCAGAGCAGUGCCAUCCAACCAGCCCACAUCAGAGAGGCCAUCAGGCGCUACAGCCACAAGAUUGGCCCGCUCUCCCCCUUCUCAGCCGUGAGCGUGAUCGGUUUACAGUGGGCCACUCGCAGACGCCUGCACAGUGGCAGCGGCCGCGCUCUAAUGAGAGCUGACAGACGUGACAGAAAGAAAAUGUCACAGCAGAGCUGUGAAAAUAAACCGCUGCACAUGAGAAACCCAAGCUCUGAGCACCUGCUUUCUGACUCAGGGAAAAGAGCAACAUCUUCCGAACAUCUUCUGAGUUGCACAGAAAAUGGAAAGCUGUACGAGUUAGAAAUGACAUGAUGGGCUGUCAGUUCAGAGUGUUUGGACUGCAGAGACGAGCUGAAAUCCCAGAUCUGGAUGCGCUCCAUCAGGGACCCAAUAAAGGCUUUGAGUAAUGAACGCAGCGCUUCCUGCACCAGACUUUUAUUAGGCUGCGCUCAAGUGCACCAAGUCUCACCAUGAGCUUCAUCUGUUUCCAUGUUCAGCAGACUCCGUGGCUCCCGUUAGCCUUGGACAUCACCGAUUCGCACAGCCUGCCAGAUAAUAACCGCUCGUUAUGCGCAGGUCAGUUUUCAUUCUGAUUACAAAUCAGUUGUUGUAUUAAGACAUCCUAUGCACUUCUGUCCGACUGCACACGGGGAAGAAAUGAUGAUGAACGUCGGCUCCGGUUGCGUCUGGCCCCUUGAAUCGGGAGCGUCACGAUGCCAUGAAGCCAUCGCAAUCAUCUGGCCGUCUAGAUCCAGCGUUAGUGCUCUUUCUCAAAACGAAAUAAAGUUUAAGAGCUUGGCUGAACCCAGUUACCGCAUGCAAUGAAGGACAGCGUCCAGAUGUCAUGACCAGGACAAGAGCGCCACCUACUGGACAAUCUGCUGAGCUCAACUUCAUGCUGCUUUAUGAGUGCAUGCGGUCAGGAGAGGUCUGGCCGUAACUGAACCCAUCAUUCUGGACUGGUUCCUCAGACCACAGAGACUACAAAUGAGAGACGCUGACCCUCGCUGUCACAGAUACGCCACAGACAGCUCGAGAAGGAAACGUCCGAUUCAGAGUAGCUCAUUCUGGCAAACAUGCGCUUAUGGCCUCAUUUGUGCAUUUCUGAUGCUUGUUUUGUUCUUGUUUUUGAAUGUUGGUCUUUGAUGGUUUAUAUGACUAAGAAACAUGACAGUCUAGCAGUGCCUGUUUUUUAUAUGCAAUGUGACAUGGGGUAAAAUCCUGCUUAUUUCAGAGCUACACCCGCAUUUAACCAUGUUG